UCAGAAAUCCGUGUUAGUUAAUAAAAACCUUUAAGAAAAGUAAAAAAUUCAAUCUGUGAGAGAUGCAAGUGCCACUUUUGCACCGGAGUACCCAGAUGGUGUUGCUCAGGAGGCAGAUCCGUCGCAAAGCCAAGGAGUUGCGGAUUCGUAAGCGUCGUGCCCAUCGCCGCCUUGAGUUGAUGAGCAGGAUAAGAGACCACUUGCUCCAUAAGAUGCGGAACUCCAUAGAUGUGCGGCAGCAGGAUGCGGAGCACCAGCGGAGGGAGCAGGCACAAAGGGCAGUGGGCGGAAUGCUGGCCACCUAUAGGCGCUGGCUACGAAACUGGUCAAAAGCUUUGAGACUACAAAAUCGGCUUUUGCGGCAGCAGGAACAGGUGAAAGGGAGACUCCAACGCAGGCUACAUCGCUUGAGGAAGCAGCUAAGGAAACGCCGUCAUCCCGAAAAACUGGUGGACAUGUGUUUCUAUCGGCUUUCCAAGGCGGUGAAAAAGUGGCAACACAGUUCGGGUUACCAUAAAUUAGUCGAAGGUCAAGACCAAAUCUUGGAGGUAGAGGCCGAGGAGGUAAGGAAAUAUUUACUAGCUAUACGAGGCAGAAAGCCUCGAAAGCUACGUCCUCGCAGUCUUACCCAGGCUGAUGACAUAGAAAACUUCGCUAGUUUCUGGAACAAUGAGGUGCUGCGAAGGGGCAACAAAGUAAGGAAAACAUUAGCCAUCGAACAACCAAAAGUUGAAUUGAAUUUGGGACUUAAGCCCGAAAAAGUUGUUAAACAAAGAGGGAUAAAGAAGAAAUCCAAGCCCAGAACUAUAUAUCUGCGUUUAGAUGAACUUAUUGUAAACAAAAAACAGAAGAAACUAAAGAAGACUGUACCAAAGCGAGGGGUAACCGAGCCCUUGAAGCCGUCCUUAGACGAACUACAGGCAUUGGUAAGAGAACUUAUAAAAUUCGAUUCGGGAAAGGAUAAAAAACCAAUUAUAAGGAAGCCUAAAAUUACUAGAAAAACUCCCAAAAGAGAGCUCACUCAGAAUAAGAUGGAAAUACAAAAUCUAUCCGCCCUUUCACUCCUUUCAAAGGCAAAAAAACCAGAAAAUCGUAAAAGGCACAGAAAAUUAAAGAAAUUUAAAGAGAAAUUAAUUGAUUAUUCCAAUGUACCAGAACCGAAAAUAAUUAAAUCUUUGGUGUCAAAAAAGGCAAUAAAACAUAAAAGGAAGUUUGUAAAGCAUAAAGUGAUUCAAGUAACUCUUUCACCUCCGGAGAGUUUUUCAUUGAAUCUCGCCAUACAGAAUCCGGAAAAGCUCUUUUAAA